GAAUUUUCGUAGUCCGCCGUGGCUGUGGCCCCAGCUAGAAGGCGUUGUAGGUAGCGAGCGCAGUAGUCAACUAGAGCCGCCAUUAUGGCUUUCCGUAACCACGCUCUAGAAGCAAGAACAGAAAAUUGUUUUUUCCCAUUUGUGACUGAGUGCGAGCGCGCCGUGACCACCGUAAUGAACUAGAAAACGUUCCGGGUCGUGUUGCCGGGUCCCGGUGGACCUCCUAGCGGACCUUGGAAGUAGAAAUUUUCGCGUGUUUUUUUCCUUCCGUUCGGUUUUCUCGGUUUUAGGUCCCAGUUUUUGCACGCAUCCAUCGGGCGAGGGGAAGUGGUGCGGUGCUGGAGGGUGGGUGAAAAAGAAAAGAAAGAAAGAGACGGGUGACAGUCAACAAAAAGUUGUGAAAGCUGAUCGAAGCAGGAGGAAACGAGAGAGAGAAAGAAGCAAAGGCGUAGAAGAAAAAAAAUGUCGAAGCUUUCGUUUCGGGCUAGGGCCCUGGAUCCCUCGAAACCAAUGCCCAUUUAUUUGGCCGAGGAGCUUCCGGAUCUGCCGGAAUACUCGGCCAUCAACCGGGCCGUGCCGCAGAUGCCCAGCGGGAUGGAAAAGGAGGAGGAAUCGG